AUGACUGGAGUAGAUGGUACUCAGAAUACAUAUCCUUGUUCUAUAUGUGGAAGAAAAUUUGUACGAGAAUCACUAGAAAAACAUGAAAUUGCAUGUCAAAAAAUAAAUACUAAAAAAAGAAAAGUUUUUGAUUCUGGUAAACAAAGAGCCACUGGAUCUGAUAUUAAUUAUAAAGACAUAAAAAAAGUUCAACUUGAAAAACAAAAGUUGGGUGGAACAUUUCCACGACCAAAAACUAAUUGGAAAGAAAGACAUGAAACUUUUAUUGGUGCUGUUUCUGCUUCAAAACAAGUUGAAAUUGCUAUUAAAACAGGUGCACCAUUGCCUCCACCACCAAAAGCUACCGUUCCAAAUGAUUAUAUUGAAUGUGAAUACUGUGGAAGAAAUUUUAACGAAAAGGCUGCUGAAAGACAUAUACCUUUUUGUAAAGAGCAAUCAAUGAGAAAGAAAACUCCUGUUUCUAGAUCUGCUUCUGCAUCUAGAGCUAUAUUAACUUCUGGAAAAAGUCCUACAACAAGUGCACCAACAAAAAGAGAACCAUUACUUUCAAAAGGUAUAUCAUCAAAAGAGCCUAUAAGACGUGGCUCUAUUGAUAAAACAUCAAUUAUUAAGAGUACUAAUACUAAUAAUAAUGUAUCACAUUCUAAAAUAACUACAACAUCCAAAAAAACAUCAAAUUUGCCUAUUCCUACAAAAAGGAGUAAUUCUAGUAUCAGAAACUCAUCUAGUUUCAUCAAUUCAUCUUACCAUCAAAAUUUACCAAUAAUAGAAGUAACUAAUGAGGGUAUAAAACAAUAUUCUGGAAUAUUGGGAAAAGAUACUAAGAUGGAAAAAAAUAAAAGAAUGUCAUCAGUAAAAAAAUUACCUGAUACAAUGAAUCAAGAAGAUUAUUAUAUUGAGUAUCAAAAAUAUAAAGACGAAACACUGAAAAAAUCUUUUAUUAGUAGUAUUAUGGAAGAUAAUAAACUUCCAACAUCAAAAGAAUUAGACUAUGAUUUUGACUAA